AUCCAUAGAACCGUCUUUUUCUUUAGAUUCCCAUUGGGUUUGCUUCAUUUUUCUGAUUUUCCAUUAAAAACCAGUGUGCGCCUACAGAAAGAAUUCAUACAUGUCAACAAAACAGAAACAAACACGGCCGCUCCUUUUUUCUCUCCCGCUCUGAUCCAACUUCCUCGUUUUAGGAGACUCCUUAUCUUACACACUCAAGGAAUUAUUAAUUAUUAUUAGUAUUUUCCAAAAAAGAGUACUUUGUUACCUAAAUUUAUUUUAAUGAAUUUGUGGAAAACAAUGUUCUGAGAAUAAAAGUAACGGUGACUCCAACGUGGAAUUCUUUAACCCUCAUUCAGGACCAACGUAUUAUACAACGGCUUUUCAAAAGAUUCAUCGAUCAGCAAGAAGUUUAACGGCUAAUAUAUGCUUCCUGUCGAAAUUGAAUAAUAAUGAGAUCGAAGGAUCAUGCUCCCAGAAAUGUGCAGAAAAGUGACAGAAUCCACAAGAAUCCAGGAAGUCCGCGAAGCCAAAAGGUAUCAGCAAAUUGGAAUCCUUUUGAUUCUUGCAGGCCCAUUGUGGAGGAAGCUCCUGUCUUUCAUCCAACUGCUGAGGAAUUUCAAGAUACAAUUGGUUACAUAGAAAGCAUACGGCCCAUGGCCGAGGCAUACGGUAUAUGUAGAAUAGUACCUCCUCCAUCAUGGAGUCCACCUUGCCCCCUUAAAGACAAGAAUGCAUGGAAAUGUGCUAAAUUCUCUACGCGAAUCCAGAAAGUUGACUUACUUCAAAAUAGAGAACCGAUGAGAAAGAAAAGACAUCGAAAGAGAAAGCGUAGGACACAAUUUAGCUCUAGGCCAAGGAGACGUGUCCGUACUGAAGAUUUAGAAUCAAAUGCUGCUUCUGAUUCGGAGGAGAAGUUUGGUUUCCAAUCAGGAUCAGACUUUACACUCGAGGAUUUUCAGAAAUUUUCCGAUGAAUUUAAAGAAUCUUAUUUCAAAAUUAACGACACAAGAGAAGGAAGUGUUAUCGAGAGUGUAGAGGGCAAAAGAUUGUUACCAUCGGUUGAAGAUAUUGAAGGCGAGUACUGGCGGAUUGUUGAGAAGCCAGAAGAUGAGGUGGAGGUAUACUAUGGAGCUGAUUUGGAAACUGGAACCUUCAGGAGUGGAUUUCCUAAGGAGUCAUCAUUAUCAACCGACACUGUAAUUGAUCAAUAUGUGACAUCAGGCUGGAAUCUGAAUAACCUCCCACGUCUGCCUGGUUCUGUAUUGCGUUUUGAAGAGUGCGAUAUCUCUGGGGUGGUGGUACCCUGGCUUUACGUAGGAAUGUGCUUCUCUUCAUUCUGCUGGCAUGUUGAAGACCACCAUCUCUACUCACUGAACUAUUUGCACUGGGGUGAUCCAAAAGUUUGGUAUGGAGUGCCUGCAAGUCAUGCCUCUGCACUGGAAGAUGCAAUGAGAAAGCACUUGCCGGAUCUGUUUGAAGAACAACCUGACUUACUUCAUGAACUUGUCACUCAAUUGUCUCCUUCAGUAUUAAAGUCGGAGGGUGUACCAGUGUAUCGAGCCGUCCAGCAUUCUGGGGAGUUUGUUCUUACCUUUCCAAGAGCUUAUCACUCUGGAUUUAACUGUGGCUUUAAUUGUGCGGAGGCUGUAAAUGUGGCGCCUGUCGAUUGGUUACAACAUGGACAGAAUGCAGUGGAGCUCUAUAGUGCACAACAUCGUAAGACGUCGUUGUCACACGAUAAGUUGCUUUUUUCUGCUGCUCAGGAAGCUGUCAGGGCACUUUUGGAUCUCUCAGUUCUGAAGAAAGAAAAUUCAGAAAAUUUGAGAUGGAGAAGUGUCUGUGGGAAGGAUGGGAUGCUUACCAAGGCAGUCAAGACAAGGGUUCAAUUAGAGGAGAAAAGAAUAGAGAAUCUUUCAGAAGUCACGUGCUUUCGGAAGAUGGAAAAAGAUUUUGAUCUGAAAAUCGAGAGGGAAUGUUUUUCAUGCUUCUUUGACUUGCACCUAUCUGCUGCUUGUUGCAGUUGUUCCUUGGAGCAGUUUGCAUGUCUUGAACAUGCAAAUUUCAUCUGUUCAUGUGAACCAAAAAACAGAUUUGUCCUUCUCCGCUACACCAUGGAGGAGUUGAACAUGCUUGUUAAGGCAUUGGAAGAGAGCAUGGAUUGUGUAGAAUUAUGGGUGUCCAAGGAAAUUGGAUUGGUUCCAUUAACUAGUAAUAAUGUUGACACCAUGAUACUGGCUCAAGUUAGAGAUGGAGAUGGAAUUAACUUCCCUGAGAAAAUGGAAAUUCCUAGCACAUCGUCACAUGUAAUUGAGAACCCAGGUUAUAGUGUACAUAGUCCUCAAAACACGAGAAACGGGGAUAAACCUGAAUCUCCUAGCCUAGACGCUGAUUCUAAGAUAGGGCAGAAAUGCCAUACUGAUAUGAGUCUUGAUGACUCGUCUGAUGACCACAGAAUCAGGUCUCGAGAAGCUUUUAAUAGCUGUAAAAAUGAGAUUGUAGAUGCUGGUGGAAUCAGGGAAUCAAAAGGUAUGCAACAAAUGAAUUUGGAUUUGGAUUCAAAAAGAGAGCAGGAUGUAAUACAACUGGGGAGUGAUUGUGGUUCGACUGUAUCCAAUGUUGCUUCAGACAACGGUUUUCCUCUAAAGUCAAGUAAUAUGGGUUGCUGCGUUGCACCUGUUGGAACUAAGCUGCUCGGGGUUGAUCUUUUUUCUAGUCCACCUUCAGGUGUUCCAGAGACAAGCUCAUUAAAAACUGAAACGAUGGACUUCUUGUUUAAUGGGAUUUGUCAGGUCAGUCCAGACUCUGUACAGAAGUUAAGCUUCCAUGUGGAUCCUAUAAAAUUUGGAUCUGUUGUUUAUGGAAAGCUGUGGUGCAACAAGGAGGCCAUAUUCCCUCAAGGAUUUAAAAGUUGUGUGUUCUUCAAUGUAUGCAACCCUAUGAUUAAGAGUAACUAUGUAUCUGAAAUCCUGGAUGCUGGGCUACUUGGACCUAUGUUCAAGGUAACUUUAGAAGAUCAUCCAUACCAAAGUUUUACGAACGUCUCUCCAGAAAAAUGCUGGGAAAUGGUGCUGCAGAGACUUAAUCAAGAAAUAGAGACACAAAGAUCGUCAGGGAAGCAAGGACUGCCAUCCUUACUGCCUUGCAUCAAUGGUCUCGAAAUGUUCGGAUUUCUUUCCCCGUCCAUUGUUCAUGCAAUUGAGGCUCUUGAUCCGCAUCACCAGUGCAUUGAAUACUGGAAGAACAAGAUGCUAUCCACUUCAGGUGAUUCUCUGGCUGCCAGAGAGCACCCUGUGGAAAUGAGGCAUGGUGAAGGGGCAAAAGCACGUAGUUCUGAAGGCAGCAGCAAUUCUUUAUCUGAUGAUAAGAUACAGUACAUAUUCCGAAGAUUAUUGAGGAAAGCUGAUUCUCAGGAGAUGGAAGUAAUGCAUAGAAUAUUAUGCAAUGGGUCGAGUAGCUCCAAAUGGAGAGUAGCACUUGCAACGUUGACAGAGGAGAUAGCGAAAGAAUACGAAAAAGAGUCUGACAGCUAACCGUGUUUUUUGGAUUCUAGAUAGCAAAAUUCUUUGGUCUCGUUAUGCAAUUCUUUUUCCUAAUCGGUAUAAACAGGGUGCAAUCAUUUGUGGCAUUGAUGGUAUAGAUUUUUAUAAAAAUUAGAAAAAAAUUGACGUGGCCUUGUUCGAUAAAGAGCUUUUGAGUUCAGUUUUUAUGCGAAAUAUUAAGUUGGUCAUUAAA